UUAAUCACUCAUGGACUUUUUUGUUCCCCAGGUGUUACUGGUAGUGGCAGUAAAAAUGAAACAAUUCCACAGGUGAUUAAGCAGUCAGAAGACGGACUGGAGGAGAUGUCCCUCGACCAAUCUCCAUCCGUCAACCACACCUUAAACAUCUCUGUAGUAUCUUCAACUCCACUCAACCAAUCUUCAGAAGGAAUGCAACCACAGCCAGUAUUACCCACACAGGUUGCUCAGACUGCGCCCAUCACCAGCACUGCUGAUACUACACCCACAAUUGCAAGGAAUGUCAACAAAACCACUUCACCAGUGACUUCACAUCACACCUCAGCUACACCCACAGCACCUCCAAUAACUCGAAAAACAACUACACAAACAACACCCUUCAUGAAAACAUCGACGACUACACCAACAAAAACUCCACCACCAACAACAACAGCUACACCAACAACAACAACAGCUCCACCAGCACCACCCUUCUCCACAGCAGCAGCGUCAAACCGUGCAACAACUAUAAAAACUACAACCACACUACCAAAAGCUAACACGACCCUUACGGUGACUACAACCAAAGGUACGCAACAGACGAAAGCCCCAAGCUCUGCAGCGCCACCACCAGUUCAGACGUCUUUACCCAAAGAGACCACCACCGUAACCGUCAGCAGCACCACUACUGAAAAUAACAAAGGGCCUGUUGCCUUUGGAACGGUGGUAGAGGUUGCUGUGUCGCCGUUGACCCUGCAGCUGGUGGACACGGCGUCUUUACUCUCCGUCUUGCUCUUUGGCCUGCUCUUCUUCUUGGUCUCGGUGGCCGUGUUCGUCACUCAGGCCUACGAGAGCUACCGGAGGAAGGACUACACCCAGGUGGACUACCUGAUCAACGGCAUGUACACAGACUCUGGGGUGUGAGGGGGGAGGCACAGCGCGUCUUAUUGCCUGGAGACUGUAACAUGGAGGAUGGACAGCAUGGUGCCGCUGUUGAUUCACAAAGUAAGUCAGUGUUCCUGUUAGACAGUUCACAGGAGAAGAGGGAAAGGACUACACCAACAUCCCUGAUCUGCUCCACUUAACUCUUCGUUCUUCCCUGCUUCUCUUUCUUUAAUGGCUUCAACGCUAGGGGUUUGGUCCCAGUGUGCCCAAUGUUGAGCACGUUGUUUAGGUUACUUGUACGUAACCCUGGUUCUAUGCGUAGGUGCGAAGCCUUCUAUUGGUCCACGGCAGAUCUCCUCCACUGCUGGUCGGUCAGUCAGUCAGUCAGUUCAGCUGUGGUUGGUCAGCGUGGCUCGACCAAUCAGGAUGCUUCCAAGGUAAAACAAAAAAACGUUUUUUCCUUUACUGAAAUAUAUGUGUAGGCCUUAUUGCCAAAUUGUUUCAGGUUUUGUAUCUUUUCCAGAUGAAUGUAUUUCAACUCUUAAUUUAUAGCAUUAUGCAUUUCUUUCCAUAUUCAAAUAGAUGUUUCUAUUUGGAAUAUAAGGUCACAACGAUAUGAAGGACCGAAGCAGACUUGUGAAUAUAAUAUACGAAAUGGGACUUUAUUUCACAUAAAAGGGACUCAAAAUGUUAAGUAAAAACUCUUUACAAAUGCUUUGUCAACCUUAAACAAUGACUUGCAAGACGUCUUAAGAAUAAUACACCAAGAGGGCUAAGCAAUAAUUCAGUAUAAUAAUCAAUAUCCUUCGUAUCAAGUCUGAUCACAUGUCUGGGCAAAAUGUGAAUAUUUUAGAUAACUUAACUGAAGAGUUUUACUAAAAUUGGUCACUUACAUUUGAAUAAUUGUUUCUGAUGUAAUACAUUCAGCCUGUCUUGUAUUUAUUUUUUUAUAUGAAACUGAUAGAAAAGAUGUCCAAAAGUUGAACUACAUGCGCGUCAGUUGAAUUAUCUUUUGAAUGUAGCCAAUAAUUAACAUAGAGUGCAAUGGAAAAGAUCUGAGUGACUGGGAAACACUUGGUGCACAUGAAAUCUGUCUGACAGUGAUGGUGUGUAGCAUUUCUCUAUUGCGGUCUUCAGUUUGUUAAACCUGCUUUUGACCUUGGUACUUAGAACGAGUAGGGCUGCACGCUUUGGAAAACAAAAAUAAAUUGCGAUUAUUUUGAUUUACGAUUUUAUAGGGAAAGAACAUUUACGAAACAUUUUUUAUUUUAUCAUUGAAUGACAUUAAAAUGAUCAACAGGUCAAUGAUUAUGAAUGAAUUGUGUGGAAUAACAGGACCUCUGCAGCACCACAAUACUUCAUUAAGAUAUGUUUACAUAUUUUUCCUUUACAAAAUAUUGCUUCUACUGCGAUUUAGAUAUUGCUCUCGUCCAUAUUGAGAUUUCUAAAAAGGUAUUUCUAAAAUGUUCAGCCCUCAUCAGGACAUAGCACUCAGUUCUUUUUCAAUUCUACCUAAAAAUAUAGAGCAGACUUUGAUUCCGAUUAAAUGUUGGAUGAAUUGUGCAGCCCUAGUUCUGAGAAAUAAUAAUGAUACGUCAACAACAUCUUAAACUUCAACAUCUGUUUAGACUAAUGACAGAUGUUGUUAUAGCCUAGCUUAGCUCAACUCCUGCUAGCCUUUCACAUUCUUUGUUACUGCAGCCAGCCAUUACUGUCACCAUUUUAUAAUGUGCACAUCACACUACUGCAAACGACGAGGGUUACUAUGCCAACAUGUUUUACUUUUUUUUUUAUAUCAAAUAUUUCGCAAAUGAUUGCAUUUGAUUUCACCGUCGUUCCAUUAGCUUUCAUUGAUGACAUUUCAGCUGCUUAGUUUCUUGUUUUUGAACGUGUCCUGCAAUGAAUCAUGGGAACGGCCCCAUACUAGCUUAUUUCAAUACAUUUCAUAUUUUACUCACAAUUCAUGUAUUUUCAAAGCCUCUGCUAUUUUUUAUCUUAAUUUUGAAUUGUCUGUAUUAAUCCAUCAUCUGUAUUAAUGACCAAUGUAUGGGUAUUAUUUUGACCAUUGUUCCUAAACAGAGUAUUCAUCUGGCUACAGAUAUAACUCUGUAUAUUUUCUCGUGUUUUAGUUUUAAUGUUUCAUAUUUCAUUUAUGCAUUUCAAACCAUUUUUCCACUUUAAAAUGCAUCACUCUUUUCUCAUCAUUGUGUUAUCCUAAUGAAUGGGUUUAAGUUACCAUUAUCUUUCCCAUAAUGAGUGAGAAACUGAAUUAUGGAAGUUAUAAAUGUGAAAGCAGGUGUCUUAAAGUUUGCAUUACAGUUGAAAAUUGAUGAACACACACUUGGCAGUAACUGCUAGUUAUGAACAAUAUGUAAUAUUAGGAAUUAUGGACAGAUGUUCUAAGUUGCUCUUAAUAGAUCUCCAGAGAACGAACAAACGGAUUUCUUGUUGCCUUUUCUCUUCCCUCGACCACUUUGUAUUAGCGUUCUCCUCCUGAGGGUUCAUGGUUGAUGGACAGUUGCCAAAUAUUCGCUGAAGCACAUUAUUGUAAGAUAAAGCCAAGGAAACAUAAAGCCAUUACUAAUGAGACGAUCAUCAUGUGAAACAGAGUAUUUGUGCAGUAAUUACAGCAAAAUGCAUUUCCUUAAUCUCUUUCUUUUAUUAUUAUUUUCCACAUCUUUAAAGUUUACGUCACCCAAUAAUAGAUUUUUUGCUUUUUUUGUAAGAAAAUAAAACAAUCAUUAUAUUUGGAAAAUGUCUGUUUUCAGAAUUGCAGGGGAAUAUAAAAUGAGUUUAAAAGAGCAUCAGAGGCCAUUGGCACUGAAGGACAGAGUGGCUUUGUUUGAAAUAAUUGAUGUCUAAAAUAUGUUUAUCUCGGGAACAAGACAUUCCAAUUUUUUGGGAAAUUAAAUCUUUUUUUAUUAUCCUGUUAUAGCCAUAAGACUAGAUAUUUGAUUGGAACACCAGUUAUUAUGAUCAAAUAUAAUCCUGAGGUUAUUCAAAUCUGAUCAAAAUAAGAGUUAAUGAAAUGAGCCGCUCUCAAGCGUGGGUCCUGUGAUUUUUUUUUUUUUCAUGAUCUCUCACUAAUCCGAUUAAGAUUAGGAUGGGAAAUGUUCUCGUCAUUAUUGAUCAAAUCUCAAACCAACCCACCUUCCACUCAUUGGAUAAAAACAGACAUAACUGUUUGGUAUUUAGAGAUAUUUAGCAUAGUUCACUUAAUUCUUUGUUCUUUGGGGUUAUGAUUUCACAUUCUGUAAGUUGACUCAAGUGAAGUGAAAUCCAAAUGUCAGACGAUUAGAAUGCAAACUGAUGAUGGACUGUGUCCAUGACGUGAGGGAAGCGUUUUCCUCAUUUGAGGAUUUUCUAACUUUGAUUUACACUUCUGUUGCCAAUAAUUGUAACGUGCGCUGUUUGAGCUCCUGGCUGAUGAGUUCAGGGUGGACCUGUGUUUGCAGGAUGUCGAGAAAUGACGUGUGUGCCAACUCAACAUUGUACGAAUGCACUUUAAAAAUAUAUUUUUUCUUGCAGAGUAAAUAAAUAUUGAAAAAGAAAUAUAA